GGCAACGCUGGUCUCGCGCGCUGCGCCGCGCUGCCGCCGGGGGGCGCUGUGGCGCGCGGCGGCCGAGGGAUGGCGGACUACGAGGCCGUGCAGCGCGGGCCGCUGCGGCUUAAAGGCGGCGGAGCGGGGCUGGGGGCCGGCAAGCGGAAGAAGAAGAAAGCGAAGGAGAAGGCCCAGAUCCUGGAGCAGAUCGUGAGCAGCAAGAAGCAGGAAGAGGAGAAGAAGCGCGGCCUGGAUAAGCGGACCCCGGCACAAGUGGCCUACGAGAAGAUGCAGGAGAAGCGGCAAAUGGAAAGGAUCCUGAAGAAGGCCUCGAAAACGCACAAGCAGAGAGUUGAGGACUUCAACAGGCACUUGGAUACUCUGACUGAGCAUUACGACAUUCCCAAAGUCAGCUGGACCAAGUGAACGGGCGGCGCUUCAGGGCCUUGGGUCAGGAGUUCUGCGUUUAUCGAACGGGGCUGCCAUGUAAAUCUCUGUAUUCUUCAUACUUUAUAUUUAAUAUAUCUUCUGAACAUUUAUCACCUUGUACUGUCUUAUUUCGGUUCUAAAAUAUUCAACAGAGUCUCUUAUUGGCUAGUGACUUAUGGAUGUGCAGAGGGGUAUUUUUUGGUGCUCGCAGCCAUGCUAAACCAUAGCAGUCCUUUAUUUCUCCUAUUCCAGCAGUUCCAGUUGGAAGCAGAGAGCUUUUGGCAGCACUACAUUGUAUCAGCUGCUCUCAUAAGUUGCAGAACUGUGUAAUUUCUAUCUAAAAUCAUUCAGAGUUGGGGGAGUGGUGUCUGCUGUAUUCUAAAAUCUUUGUAUCUUUGAUGUAACUUAUUAAAACGCUGUUUUCAUCCAUUA